AUGUCUGCCUCCCUCCCCGGCGACCGCGAACUGCCGCGCUCGCAGUACGAUUUGUCGACAUACUUUGGACGAGUCCAGCAUGCCAUCACACUGACUGACCCGAGCACGCUCUUUGCCGGACAGUCGGGUCUCGAAAACGCAAAGCAACUCGUCACAAAGUACAAGACGGGCGAGCUCAAGGACAUGACUCCUGAGCUCUGGAACGCAAAGAAGAUUGUCGACUCGACCCUGCACCCAGAUACCGGCGAAGCUGUGUUUCUUCCCUUUCGAAUGUCGUCGUUUGUCCUGUCCAACCUCGUCGUCACCGUCGGCAUGCUGCAGCCCGGCCUAGGCACCGUCGGCACCGUCGGGUGGCAGAUUGCCAACCAGUCGCUCAACGUGGCCGUCAACAGCUCCAACGCCAACAAGUCGUCGCCGAUGACGACGGCGACGCUGGCCAAGUCGUACGGCAUCGCGGUGACGGCGUCGUGCUCGGUGGCGCUGGGGCUCAACGCGCUGGUGCCGCGGCUGCGCGUGGCGCCGUCGACACGCAACAUCCUCAAACGCCUGAUCCCCUUUGCGGCGGUGGCCUCGGCGGGCGCGCUCAACGCCUACAUCAUGCGGCGCGGCGAGAUUGUGACGGGCAUCGACGUGCGGCCCGUCAUCUCGGAGGCGCAGAAGCAGGCGCUGCAGGCCGAGGGCAAGUCGGAGCGCGACGUGCCGUCGCUGGGCCGCAGCCAAAAGGCGGCCAAGCUGGCCGUGUACGAGACGGCGGCGAGCCGCGUCUUCAACAACAGCCCCAUCAUGAUCAUCCCCGCCAUGGUGCUGUACCACAUCCAGGAGAAGCAGGCGUGGUACAGGCGUCUGAUGGCCAAGCAGUGGGUGCAGUCGCGGCCCAAGGUGGCCAUGCUGGUGCCGAUUGGCCUCAACCUGGGCCUCAUCACAGUCGUGUCGUUUGCGGCGCUGCCGCUGGCGCUGGCCGUGUUCCCCCAGCAGCAGGAGAUUAGCGCGGACGAUCUGGAGCCCGAGUUCCAUGGCAAGGGAGGUGACAGAGGCAAGGUCUGGUUCAACCGUGGUCUGUAA